AUGUCUAAUCCAGAAUUAAACUGUUCAACGUCGAAUCCAUGCGGAAGGAAUGGAUAUUGCGAAAAGAAUGAACGAGGUGAUUAUUAUUGCUCCUGUAAAUUCUGGUGGUCUGGAACAAGUUGCGAUGAGUUAACCAAUAGUGGAGUUCAAGUGAUCAUUCUUGGUUGUUUAUUAGGUGUUCUCAUGUCAGUUUAUUACGGUUUAAUUAUCUUUCGUAGAAGAAACAAAAGAGAGCAACAAAAGAAAGAGAAACAAAGUAAAACUUAUGCCAGUCGAUUUUCAAUUGGAAUGCCAUUCCAUCUUCGUCCUUCGUCAUAUGUGUUCACAGUUCUAAUUGUGAUUCUUGCAGCAUCAGGAUUAAUUAUCAAAUGGUUUCUACUUCAAUCAAUUCACAAUACAAUCGUCGAUCAAUAUCAUCACAAUCGUUCGUUGUUCUAUAAACCUCACCCAGUUUGUCAAGCGAUUAAUUAUCAACGAAUGAAUUUAAUUAUGUUUCCUGUAUCUUGCUUAGUGAUUUUUAUCUUUGCCAUUGAAUACAGACGAUUCCUGUUCGGAGCAAAGAAGAACAAGUGCGAUUACUAUUUUCCUCCUGUACCCCUGGAUUUUUUCACUAAUGUAAAUCGAACAUUCGUUGCUGUUACAUUCGCUAUUACCGCAAAUGAAUUGUUAGAAAUCGCAAAUGAAGAAUUAAGUACAACGCAUUCAACUGACCGCGGUAUUGUAGUUGUUUAUCUUAAACAAAUCUUCGAAGUUUUACUAAUGGGUUUUCGUUAUUAUCCAAUCUUAGCUGCAGUCUACAUUGAUUCAAAACUGAGUUUACUUCUCGGCACGUUGUAUUCUUGGAUAGAUUUACCCAUGACGAUCGUCGAACAAGGCAUGUGUCAACCUAGAUAUUAUGAGAAUGCUCAGAAAACGAAUGAUACAUAUUUAAGUUACUUAUUCGAAUAUUAUGGUACGGGAUCUUUUCUUCUAAUAGUUGAUUUAUUAACUGAUAUACCUCGAUACAUAUGUUUAUCAUACGUCAUCGUUGAAUUAUCACAGCGAGUUCGAAAGAAAUUCUUUUUUGAAGUCAAAGCUGAUAAUUUAACACGUGAAGAAAAGAUGCUCUUAAGUACUUUACAAGUCAAUUCUGUAGAAAUGAUGUAUGUAAAAAAUUUAUUUCGUUCGAAUGAACACACGGUCUCUAAUCGAUGGAUUUACCAAUGGCGAAGUGAUUUUCGAUUUUCAUCUCGUAUCCUUUGUCUCUACUCAUCAGUAUUUCUCUUUCUCUAUUUCUUCUUACUUCAAGUAUCUGUUCAGAUAUUACCAUAUAUGACCGAAUUGCAACAAUUGAUUCAAAAUCUGAUUAGUAGUUCUCGUCGUAGUCAAUCAACUCAUACUGUACCUGUACUGGUUCGUCCGUUUCUCUUAGCUACACUGAUUGGAUCAAGUGUUGUUGUUAUUCAACUCUUACUGCUAUUAGCGAGUAUACGUCGAAAUUUGUUUCAAGUUUAUCGAGGUGAUCAAUCGGAAAUUCCUCGACGGAACCGACCAAAUUAUAGAACAUAUGCAACGGGAAAUUUCCAUUUUGCGGGCUAUUUAAUUGCUUAUGCUUUGUGGGGUCUUAUAUUAAUUAUAUCAUUUCUGUUUGUUCUUUUGGUUUUUAUUGAUUUUGUCGUUUCAUUUCGUUUGUUUCCGAUUAUCGAAUCGAUUUUGAAAUAUGUUAUUCCAGUGCUGUUGAUUGCUUAUUUCAAAGCGUAUUUAAAUAAGUUCCUUGCCCGUUUUGCAUUUCUUCAAGAUGACGGCGAUGUUUUAGCGGUGAACAAUCGGCGUGUUCUGAUGAUAUUUCUCUACUUCAAUUUCUUUCUCGAUGCGUUUCUUGGUUUGUUUUCAUCGGUUCGUCGACUUUUCAAAAGUGUCGUGGGCGGUAUUUUUUACAUGUGUCGAUUGGAUUACUCUCCUCUAGGUCGAAAAUUGGAAACUUGGGAUGAUGGUUUCAAUGCGUAUUGUGGUUUCAUUCAUACGGAAUGUACUCAUCGACAUCCAGUGUUGUUACUGUUUGCUGCUUGUUUACUUGAGACGAACAAAACAAAGUCUAGACUUAGUUCGAUUGUUAAUCCUUUGGUGAUGUCAAGGGAGUUGGUUUCGCAAGAUGACGAAGAAAUCCGAAGAAGGAAGAGACAAGUGAUUCGCAAAUGGCAAAUGGUCGCAUUUCUAAUACGAAAUCCACUGUUCGUGUUUUAUCGUAAAGCGUAUUAUAAACAAUUUCAUUUCGUUGAAAAUCAUCUGGGACAAUGGAGGAAUAACGUUCAAGUUGAUCAGAUGAUGAUUCGACGUUUAAAUUCUGUUUAA